AUGCAUAAAAGAUGGAAUAUACUGAACGCACCUGAAGAGGCGGUGCAGGAAUUGCAGCGUCAGCUGAAAAUAAGCCCGGUUGCCUGUAAAAUACUUGUACAGCGGGGCAUUGACAGUUUUGAAAAGGCAAAAGAUUUUUUCAGGCCGCAAUUACACCAGUUGCAUAACCCCUGGCUGAUGAAAGACAUGCGCCUGGCCGUUGACCGGAUUUUCAGCGCUUUCGAAAAAAAAGAAAAAAUACUGGUUUUUGGCGACUACGAUGUAGACGGUACCACCUCGGUUGCCUGCAUGUACCAGUUCCUGCAAAAGAUAUACAAUCCCGACCUGCAACUGCAGCUGCCGGAAGAUGACUAUUACUGUUAUCUUGACCUGGUAGCCACUGCCAUUGCUGCUGAUAUUGUGCCCAUGACAGGCGAAAACAGGAUAUUGGCAUUUUACGGCCUGCAAAGAGUUAAUGAAAACCCCUGCAACGGCAUUAAGGCGCUUAUGACACUUAGCGGCAUUCAAAAAACAACGCUGCAGAUAACCAACCUGGUGUUUGUAAUAGCCCCCAGGGUAAACGCCGCCGGCAGAAUGGAUGAUGCCCGGAAAGCUGUGCUGCUGUUUGUGGAAAAGGAUUAUCAGAAAGCACUUGAAUACGCAGAAAUGCUGCACAGUGACAACACCGACCGCAAAGAGGCCGAUGGCAAUAUUACCGGCGAGGCACUUGCGCUGAUAGAUGCAGAUGAAGUGCUGGUAAACCGGAAAUCAACCGUGCUGUAUCAGCCGCACUGGCACAAGGGCGUAGUAGGCAUUGUAGCUUCCAGGCUGAUAGAAAAAUAUUACCGGCCUACCGUAGUGCUUACAAAAAGUGGCGACGUGGUAGCCGGCAGCGCCAGGAGUGUACCGGGUUUCAAUCUGUACGAAGCCAUUUAUGCCUGCCGUGAGCACCUGCUGGGCUAUGGCGGCCAUUUUGCUGCUGCCGGCAUGACGCUGCUGCCCGAACAGGUAGCGCCCUUCAGCCAGAAAUUUGAGGAAGUAAUUACCGCUACCAUUACUGACGAGUUAUUAACCCCGGAAAUUAUCAUUGAUGCGGAAAUCCGUUUUAAUGCCAUCAACCAGACCCUGUAUAACAUCAUUACACAAAUGGAACCCUUUGGACCCGAUAACCUGCGGCCGGUUUUUGUGGUGCGCAGCGUAAUGGACAAUGGCUGGUCGAAAAUUGUAAAAGAAGAACACGUCAAAUUCUCCCUUCAGCAGGACAAUAUCUUUUUCAGCGGCAUUGGAUUUGGCAUGGCUGAUAAAUUUGAACUGCUGCAGCUAAAGCAGCCGCUGGACGUGGUAUUUACACUGGAUGAAAAUGAAUGGAACGGCAACAAAAGCCUUCAGCUGAAAGUGAUUGACUGCAGGCUUUCCGCC